AUGUCAACGCAUUCAUCAUCGCGUCCUUAUCGGUUAUACCCCGCAUAUUGUUUCAAAGCAUCACCUACAUACAAUACAUGGGUGAAGCUCACUGCUGCAGAUGUACAAGCCCUUCGGUCAGAGAAGGACUUCCAAGCGCAGCGACCACUGCUCUACUUUCACCUCAAUCAUCCCAUCCGUUAUGUCCGCAUCAUCGGCGUUGUAGUAGCUAUCGAUGACAUCAAUCUCAAAUACACGGCGCUCACCAUCGACGACGGAAGCGGCGCCACCAUCGAGCUGAAGAUCGUACGAAUACUUCCCACGGAGCAGAACCCGGUAGACACAUCAUCGAACACAAAGAUCAGUAAUUUGAACGUAGUCAGUCGAUUUGGCAUCUUCGAAGUGGUUGUGGAUGGCCAGCCACUAGAUAUAGGGUCGGUCGUCAAGGCGAAGUGCACUAUUUCGGAGUUCAGAGGCAACAAACAGCUGGAGUUACAGCGCAUCUCAGUCAUCACGACGACCGAUGAAGAAGCACGAGCUUGGGCAGAGACCGCUGCCUUUAAGCAGACAGUUUUAUCUCGACCAUGGCAUAUCUCGUCAGCCGAGCACAAGAAGAUCAAGCAUAAGAUCAAGGCGGAUAAGAAGAAAGAGCAGGAAUAUGAAAGACGCAAAGCCGAAUAUGAAGUCAAGAAAGAGGAGCAUAGGCUGGCCAGGGAGGCAUACCUUGCGCAAAGAGAAAAAAGGCUAGAGGCUCGACGCCGGAAGGAGGAAGUGAUGCUGAAUAGUGGUGCCUUGAUAUGA